GUUGGAGCAGCUGUGCGCAUCAGUGCGGAGCCGCUGUGUCCGGUGCGGAUGAGUGGGAUGAGUGGGUGAGGGACGCUUUCUUCUAUGUGACAUGAGGUUCUACCGCACCACGCACUGAGCUCAGCGCGAGACCCUCAGGACGUUGGCACGGCGACCAACAGGAGGCGGAGUCAGUGACUGUAGGCGUGGCUUCAUCUGAGCGCCUGAAAGGAUGGAGCUGACUUCCUGUUCCAUCGCCUACAGCCGCACAUGGCUCUGGUGUUUCCUGAUGGUCCUCAUCACUUCACCCUCAGCUCUGGCAGGCAACCAGAUGGAACCAUGCGAUGGGCGGGACUGCUCCACCUGUCAGUGUUUCCCAGCGAAAGGCGCCAGGGGACCUCCAGGUCGUCUGGGUCUGCAGGGUCCACAGGGACCCCCAGGGUUCCCGGGUCCUCAGGGGCUUCCAGGACACAAGGGCCAGAGAGGAGACGAGGGCCCACCUGGACCCUCAGGACCCCAGGGGAACUCGGGAAGUGUCGGCGUUCCUGGGUUUCCCGGUUUGGAGGGAGUCCCGGGUCACCCGGGUCCGGCUGGUGGUCCUGGUUUUCCUGGUCUGGAUGGAUGUAAUGGGACCAGAGGAGACAGAGGAGCCACAGGACGACCUGGAGAACGAGGACCAGAUGGAGACCAGGGUCUGAUGGGACUGAAGGGACUUCCAGGAGAUCCAGCAGUUUACUUCAAACAGUUCCCAGGAAUACCUGGUGACGUUGGACCCAGGGGACUCCCCGGCAUCCAGGGUGAACCAGGUUCUCUUGGUCCACUUGGACCUGUCGGUCUUACUGGUCUGGAUGGAACACCUGGUCUGCCGGGGGUACCUGGUUCCAGAGGUCCACCUGGAGAAAAGGGUCGAUCUCUGCCUGGACAGAAAGGAGAUGAGGGGGAGCAGGGCCUCCAGGGGCCUCCGGGCCCCUUCGAAUACGUCGACCCUCCAGAAGAUCUGUACAUUAAAGGAGAGCAGGGUCCACCAGGAGUCAAAGGGUCCUGUGGAGUUCAGGGACUACCGGGUUUGGACGGCCUCCCAGGGAUCAAAGGAGAGAAGGGGAUUGUGGGAUUUCCUGGGCUCAGGGGCUACACAGGGCGUCCUGGUCCUGUCGGAGUGAAAGGCGUCAGGGGGUUUCGGGGAAGUCCAGGUCUUCCAGGUCUCAUUGGACGAGAAGGUCUGAAGGGUGUGAAAGGAGACCCAGGUGUAAAAGGCCGACCUGUGGACGUGGAGAUCACACACAAAGGUGAUGUAGGUGAUCCUGGACCCCCCGGUCUCAGAGGGGCCCCAGGGGACAUGGGCCUGAUGGGGAUGCAUGGACCUCCAGGAGCCCCUGGAAGAUCUUUACCUGGUCCUGCAGGUGUUGUGGGGCAGAUGGGAAUUCCAGGUGCCAAAGGUGACAAAGGGGAUUCGGGUCAGGUGUUCAAGGAUGGCCAGAUACCUGGAGAACCUGGGAAACCAGGUCUUCCAGGACCAAGAGGAUUCAGAGGAGAGCCAGGGGUUCCAGGUCGUUACUGUAUCCCUGGAUCCCCAGGAGAGUCUGGAGAACCAGGAGAACAAGGACCGCCGGGGGCCAGGGGUUUCCCUGGGAUUAAAGGUAGUGAUGGAGACUGUUCCUGUGGUCCUACUCUUGUUCUGCCGGGUCCACCUGGUCCUGCUGGUGAACCAGGUUCUGCAGGGUUUCCAGGAGCUCCAGGGGAUCCAGGACCAAGAGGAGACACAGGUCCACCUGGAGACUCUGGAGGGAGGGGCCAGCAGGGUCUGGGUGGUUUUCCAGGCGUAACAGGGUUCAAAGGUCAGAAAGGGGAUUAUACUGUGGUUGAUAUCAAAGGUGAAAAAGGGAACAGGGGCCAACUGGGUCCAGCAGGAAGACCAGGAUUUACAGGGCGAAGAGGACUUGAUGGGAGCCCCGGAGCGCCCGGAGACCCCGGUCCUCAGGGGGACAGUUCCCCCAGUCCUCCUGGGGACCCUGGCCCCCCAGGUGUGUCAGGGCCAAAGGGCUUCCCAGGGCCUUCAGGUCCCCCAGGACCCGCUGUGGUUGGGGCAGUAGGAGAGCGUGGGUCCCCUGGGGACCCUGGACCUCCAGGAUUCCCUGGUGUGAGGGGUGUGAAGGGGGUUAAAGGUGACACCCUUCCCUGUGUACCCAGAAACCCCGGCGCCCCAGGACAGAGAGGAGACACUGGAGAUGCAGGACUCAGGGGACUCCCUGGUCCUCCAGGGUUCCCUGGACUCACUGGACCCGAUGGACCUAAAGGUGACAAAGGACAGUCUGGACUUCCUGGGCCUCCUGGAAGACCAGGCCCGCCAGGUUUUGUUGGAGCGACUGGAGACGAAGGACCUGAAGGUUACAGUUACGUCGGAGAACCAGGCUCUCCAGGACUCCCUGGCUCUCCUGGACUGAGGGGCCCAGCUGGAGAGUCUGUUGUAGGGCCCCCAGGACCCAUUGGCUUCCCAGGACCAUUGGGUUUUCAGGGACCUAAAGGUGUCCCAGGUCCCCCCGGAAAAGAGGGAUUACAGGGACUCCUGGGUCUGGCUGGAGGUCCUGGGAAGCAGGGCCCGCGAGGACAGGAUGGGGCUCCAGGUGUAGUUGGACCCCAAGGCCCUACACCGGACUCGUGUGAUGCAGGAAAAUCAGGAUCCAGUGGGUUCCCUGGUCCACAGGGACCGAUCGGACCCCCAGGGUAUUUGGGGGAGAAGGGGGAUCUCGGCGAGCCUGGUGCCCCUGGUUUCGGCCCCCAGGGUCCUGUUGGUAAAACGGGCUCUCCUGGUUUGCCUGGGUACCCGGGUCCUCCGGGCCCUACUGGAUCCACUGGAGCCUCUGGACUCCCAGGACCCACUGGUGAAAAAGGUCCUGAGGGUCCCCAGGGCAGGGAAGGAGGUCCAGGGAGUCCAGGACAGAGUGGGAACCCUGGAGCUUCCGGCAGGACGGGGGAGAGAGGGUCCAAUGGACCAGAUGGAACACAAGGAUGUCAGGGACCAAAAGGAGAAAAAGGUUGUAAAGGGGCCCCGGGGUCUCCAGGAGACACCAACUACAUUCCCAUUAAAGGGGUACCAGGACCACCAGGACCCCCAGGCCUCAACGGAUUUUCAGGACCACGAGGAAAUAAAGGUCUGCGUGGCGCUGUUGGUUUGCCCGGGUAUCCUGGCAGCAGUGGGCCUCCAGGUGUUAUCGGACUCCGAGGACCCCCAGGAGCCUAUGGCAAAACAGGACCCUCAGGACCACCUGGACGUUCAGGACCACCAGGACUGAUUGGGUUCCCUGGACUGACUGGAGAUCCGGGGAACCAGGGAUGUCCAGGAAAACCCGGUGAACCUGGACGCAGUGGAUGUCCUGGACCCACAGGUGAUAAAGGCGAGUCAGUGGGUUGCUCUGGUCCACCUGGACAGAGGGGUCCUCCUGGAGACGCUGGACCAUCAGGACCUCUUGGACUACUAGGAGAUCCAGGAGAUCCAGGUUUCAUUGGAGCUCCGGGACAGAAAGGAUGUAAAGGAGAUCCAGGACAGCAGGGAGACGCGGGCCCUCCAGGUGUCAUUGCCCCCCCCGGUCCCAGAGGACGGCCGGGUCCACCAGGUCUGCCAGGCCAGGCCGGUGCUGACGGUCCUCCAGGACCACCAGGCUCCCCUGGACUACAAGGUCCUCAAGGACCACUAGGGCUUCAUGGACUGGAUGGACUCAAAGGAGUGAAAGGAGAUAUGGGCACCAGAGGUCUGGGUUUGGAGGGUCCACCAGGGUCCCAGGGUCCUCCAGGGGAAAAGGGUCCUCCAGGUCCACCAGGUCCUUGUGGUUCAUCUCAGCCGGGCCCACCAGGACCCACAGGCCCACCAGGAUCCACAGGACCACCAGGUGGUAGUGGACCUCCAGGAAAACCUGGACCAGACUGCAAAGGUCUAAUCCCAGGCCCUUCUGGAGAUAGUGGAGAACCUGGACCAGACGGAGACCCAGGUUUGCCUGGUGAUGCAGGAACACCUGGUCCAAACCCUCCUCUACUCGGGGAUGAUGGGGACAAUGGGGACCCAGGGUGUGAGGGGUCAAAGGGUGCUCAGGGAUCUCCAGGGCCCAGUGGACUGCCAGGCACACUUGGAAAUCCAGGGGCUAAAGGUUUGCGGGGGGCUCCAGGACUGAUGGGUAUUCCUGGUCGUCAGGGUCCUAGAGGUUGUCAUGGUUCACCUGGACCUCCAGGUCCAAAGGGACCUACAGGACCUGCAGGGCCCAAGGGGGAGCAGGGUAAAGUUCCCUCCUGCCCCACAUACCCUCCUGCUCCACUUGGCCCCCCAGGACCUCCUGGCCCCCCGGGUCAGCCUGGAGGUGCUGGUCCACGAGGAGAGCCUGGCCUCACAGGACACCCAGGGAAAAAAGGGGACCCAGGGACCCUGGGACCCAUCGGCCCAGAGGGUCCAGUGGGUCCAGCUGGAUACCCAGGACAGGAAGGCCUGCAGGGGGAGAGGGGAGUGGAAGGACCCAAAGGUGACCCCGGUCCUGCAGGUGACCCUGGACCCCCAGGACCCACCAAACCUUUUAGCUCAGGGUUCCUGUUGGUGAUCCACAGCCAGUCGAAGACAGUCCCAGAAUGUCCUCGGGACAUGAGGGUCCUGUGGGCCGGGUUCAGUCUCCUGUACCUGGAGGGUCAGGAGAAGGCGCACACGCAAGACCUGGGUCAGGCGGGCUCGUGUAUGCGGGUCUUUUCCACCAUGCCGUUCUCCUCCUGUAACAUGGGGACCUGCUCCCACGCCAGCCGCAACGACAAAUCCUAUUGGCUGUCGACAACGGCCGCAGUUCCUAGCAUACCUGUGGGCGGAGCUUCAAUCGAAGACCACAUCAGCCGCUGUGUGGUGUGUGAAGCCCCCUCCUCACCUGUCGCCCUGCACAGCCAGACCUCCACCCUACCAGACUGCCCCCCCGGGUGGAGGAGCCUGUGGACCGGGUACUCCUUCCUUAUGCACACCGGAGCAGGCGAUGAGGGCGGCGGCCAGUCGCUAACGUCGUCAGGAAGCUGCCUGACGGACUUCCGAGCCCAGCCGUUCGUGGAGUGUCAGGGUCCUCGGGGAACCUGCCACUACUUCGCUAACAUCUACAGCUUCUGGCUGACCCGGGUGGAUGGUUUGGCCUCGACGUCCCGCGGCUCCUCCACGUCCUCCAACACGCUGACCGAAGGCCGGCUGCAGCGCCUCAACGUCGGACGCUGCAACGUCUGCAUGAAGGAGUGACCUUCACCUGGAGGACUUCCUGUCAGUCUACCAACCAAUCAGCUCCGUCAACGUUUAAACCGACGCGUGGAAUGAGGCGUGUGACACUGUUAAAUACAAUAGUUUUCAGGUACAUGUACUUAUCUUAAACUCCUGAGACCAACAAAAGUACAUGUUACAUUUAAUAACUGUCGUGAUUGCAAACAGCAUAAUGCGAUAGUUUUUUCAGAUGUUUUUUUAGAUUUUUACGACAUAUCCUCCGCAGUGGACGGCACUUUUUAUUUUUAAAUAAAGCUGUGAAAUGGACGGCUGGGUCUCAAGAGGUUAAUAGUUAUUUCUUUACUCCCUACUUUGUAACAAAUAUUUCUACUUCCAAAUCAGGCUUUAAUGCAUUUAAGAUGAAUUAUUCGUUAUUUCUUUUGCAACGUGUUGCGUCUGAUUUGAACCGAAGUGGAUGAGACGUGGAAAAAACGAGAAAAGACACGAACGACUGAAUCGACCAGUGAAGGUCGAAUACGACGAAUCAACAACAUAAAAGUAACAACGACAUAAGACGACACAAAACGACAUGAUAAACAAUGAAAAAGACAUUUUUAUAGUAUCUGUUACUGGAUGAACUGUGUGUGACCUUUGACCCCUGUCGAUGUUCUGACUCUGAUUGGACGUAGUUCGGAAGAAUCCGGUCUGACUUCUGUUUUACCUGAAUGAGGUCAUGUGAUCGUUCAGUAGGUUAUGAGGUUUUCAGCAGCUGAUUGGUUGGUGACGUUGGUGUGACGAGGCAACCGACCACCUGAGUGACUUUAAGCCCCGCCUCCCAGUUCAACCAACAAGACCUGCACUGAAAAUGCACUCUGAUUGGUCCGCUGAGAGGCAGCAUACACACGCCGUUGGUCAGUGUUUUCCAGAGACACUGUGAAAAUAUUUGAGUCUAACCUCAAAAAUGUGUUUUUGUUUUGAGAACCAAUGUGGACGGAGCGCCCUCUUCAGCUGCUUAAACUAGCGAAUGAAAAAAAAAAAAAAGAACUAGAACCGGGUCAGAACCGAAUCAGAACAGUUUGGAAAAAACAAAUGCUGAGGACCGUCUGCUUCAAAUCAUAAAUAAAAACAAAACAUUCACUUAUGCAGAACUGUGCCAAAAGCAGAAACAGAUCAGAACCAGAACCAAGAGAG